AUGCUUGAAUCGGCUCGUGAGCUUCUAAAAGGAUGGUUUGGUGGCCAAGAUGAGCGUAAGCGGGAGCAUGGCUCGUUGGACAAGUGGAGGAGACGACAUUACGCGGAAGAUCGACGUUCUAACGUAGCACAACGCCUUCGUAAAAGAAACCCUAAAAGCUAUCGGAGAACGGACCAAAACGCCAUGAGACGGGGCUCUACGGGACUGUGGACCACAGUGAAAAGCGUGUUUUCGCCUAAGGAUCAGGAGUUGCAGCAAAUGCGCAGCGCAUACGCAGAUUAUAAAGUGCCCAGUUACUCGGACACAGCCAGAACAAGUGCGCAAGUGCAGCGACGAAUCGCUACCAGCGCAGCACUCAAACGUAAGUUCCUGGAAAAACAAUACGACGACAAGCUUCUGGACCAGCUGAGACGCGGCAGAAGCUUGGAACCUAAGCCGGUUUCGCGGUUCUCGCGGCCGUUGCCCCACUACGAAACCGACCACCUUGUUAUCUUGCAACACAAGGUUGAAGCCCUGACCGCCAAAGUCGGGUCGCUGGAGCGGGAUCUCCAGCUGACUCACAAGAAGCUGAUGUUUGCGCGGGAGAAAAAUGCCUUGUUGGAGAGCCUCGUGAACGACGCCAAUGUGGACGAUGAGUAUGUCAAGUCUCGGCGACGCAUCACCAAUUUUCAGAAAAAUGACCUAAAGCCCGAGUUUGGAGCGCUGCCGCCAUCGCCACGUCGGGCAGUGAGUCCGCUGGUUACGUCCAGCCCCAUACGGCUGCCCUACCUCGACGAAAAUGAUGAUGAAGACGACGACGACAUUAAUGACAUCGAUAACCACCUAAAACCAAGGUCUUGUUUUUACGAAAAAUAUCCUAGAAUACCCACCACAGAACCCAUGCAGAAGGAUCCUGAAAGCUCACUCUCACCCAUCAGAGUAGAUCUCGCCAAGUACUCGACUUCAAGAGACCGUUUUGGAGACUAA